GGUUUCCAGUAGUGAUUCCCACUUGCUUCCUAAAUAGCACGCCGUUCAUGCUUAACAUGUGCGUCAUAAUUUAUUUUUUUUGUAUCAAGGAGCUAAAAGCUUGAAAGCUGUGCAGGCGGCAGGAUGUGGGCACAAGGUGAGGACGGUGCAGCAGCAGAGUCUGAAGGCGAGAGGGGUUUAUCUUCCGAAGAUGAGGGAGACAUUCAGUGUGAGAUCCUGGAAAUUCAGAGAGAUGACGCCAACCAGAGGCUGUCUGAACUGGAGGAAGUCUCCAAUCAGCUCUUGAAAGAGAUAAACGUACUGGAGAUGCAGUUCCAGAUUGAGCGCUCGUGCAGGGAGAGUGCCGAGGCGCUGGCUGUCAAAGUGACCAAAGAGAACAAAGUGCUGAAGAGGGCGAGCCAGAUGGCGAUGCCACUCAUCCUCGAGCUGCCUGAAGACUUGGCCGCCGUGACCUUUGACCCAGAGGCUGACCCUGCGUUUAACGGGGACGAGGUCGACGAUUUCGGCGAAGAGACGCUGCUCAUGGAGAGUCAAGCAAAGAUCGCAGAGCUGCAGGUGUCAGUGGACAGUCUGCUGGCUGAGAAGAUGCAGCUGGAGCAACAAGUGGAGGAUCUGACCAAAGAACAGGUCCAAUUUAGAGAGCAGCUUGCUCUGGAGGUCGAGGAGAAAGAGGCCAUACUGAGGAAAAUGGGCAAACAGAACAAGACCAUGAAUAAAAUCAACCGCGUCUCCCAGCUUGUCACAGAGGAGUUCACAGAAAUGUCUCAGAAGCUGGAGCUGGAGCAGGACCUCCGGCAGCACGCUGAAGUCUUCGCCCACCAGAUGCUGAUGCAGCAGAAGGCGGCCCGGGGGGAGAGCGAGGCGCUGCCACCGAGCGAGGAGACCGGCCUGCAGCUGCAGCGGGCGCUGGAGCAGAUCUCCAUCAUCAGCACGGCCCUGUGUGACAUACAACGCUCUUACCAGGUAAGACAGAGUCAGAGCGCCGUCCCCUCGGAGCUGCAGAACCUGAGGGAACAGCUGGAGGAGAGCGUGGAGGAGAAGGCGUCCUUGGAGGAGCAGCUGUCCGGAGCCAACGGCCGUGUCACGCAACUCCAGGAGGAAGUGAACCGGCUACGAGAGACACUGAGCGGGGAGGAAGAGCCAGAGGAGAAAGCCACUCCUGCUCCACCUCCUCCACCUCCUCCUCCUCCUCCUCCUCUUCCUCCACUACCCACUGCUGUCACCAAUUCACUGGAUUUCCUGAGAAGAAGGAGAGCAGAAGGAGCCAGUAAAGCUGAUCAAAACAAAGCAGCACCGUUUCUGGACAUGAAGGCGAAAGCGGUGGAUGAAAUGAUGGAGAGAAUAAAGAGAGGCAUCAUCCUGAGGCCCGUCGAGAAAACACAGGAGGAUGACAGCUCGUGGAAGGACCAGAGGAGCGAAAACAGAAAAUCUGCGAUCCUGGAGUUGAAAGGAAUGCUGGACGACAGGAAACGUCUGCAGCUCCGCAGACUUCCAUCCAGACGUGGAUUCAGACGCAAUGUCGGGGAAGCAGAGCUCCUGCAGGUGCUCCAUAGGAGGAGGAAAGCAAUGGGGGAGAACCAGGACCAAACAUGGGACCCUCAGCCAGGUCUACAGUGCGCCCCAGCAGCAGGAGGCGCUCCCUGGGCAGGCGAGAGCGGCGCCGCCCCUGUUCUCCGGAGGCUGAAACAGAACCGGGAGAAGAGAGACUCUCGCAUCAGAGCGUCGGCUCUGAUCAUCAGCCAGGACAACUGAGAGCGGCCAUUCCUUUUUUAUUUGACCUCAAAGGAACCAAUUAUAGCCUGGCCGAUUGUUUUUGAAUGAAUACAUGAAUGCAUCGCUUUUGUUAGCAUUCACAAUAAAAAUGUCCGUUGAUCUCGGGCUCUAUUGA